UAGAAACAUCACACCCAGCCGCGCCUAGCCAAACAGCCCAAGAUGGACUCAACGAAAGCUUUGACAGAUUGGUAUACACAGCGGUCAGGCUUACGAGUCGAUCUCGUGGGAGACUUCGCCGGUAAGGAGCUCUUUGCCAUCCAUGGCGAGGUCCUCAUGGCACACUGCCUUUCUCAGGCAAAAGUCAACUAUGGUGAAGGUUUCCAACUUCUUCACGCUGUCUAUGCCGUUGAGAAGUUCUUGACGGAGCUGGACCAGCGUCACUGUCAUUUCCAAGUCAUUUGGCUGGAAAGCCACGAGAGACUCUGUAUACCUCCAAACACCCCCAAGGAGCAUCAUAUCAAGUAUCUAUUGACGCGCAGGAUCUUGAUUGAGCAUCUCAAUCGCGGCCUCGGUGCCAGGCGUCCUCGUUGCUCUUAUCUCUUUGAUAACUUGGACGACCAAAAUUUCAUCAACCACCUCAAGAGCAAUCCGAUACUGUUUUUUAUCUGCUCUGAUGGUCGCCAGAAUCUGAUAGUGCCUGAACCAAACGCGGAUCAGAACAUCAGCUUGUGCCUGCAUCUCAUCUACCAUCUUAAUUGCCGAGGCUACAGCAUCGCCCUUAUUGACGAUGUUGACAUUAGCAAUGCCAAAGUGGCUGCCACCGUUUUCACACCAUUCCACGACGACCCCAUCCCUUGCACUGAUCGGUUGUUUCCCGAAGAACGGAUCGGGACUGAAUCCGACACAGGAGAUCUAGGGGAAGUGGCCUACCAGCUUCUCCUCAAGGCCGACAAUUGGGCCUUUUGGGAUGACGGCACUGCGUUGACUGCGCGGCAAGCACUUUUAGUUGCUGCUCUUUCUGAGUUGGCUUAUCAAAACCCUGAUCGGCUUCUUACCGCAUGCGUUCUGGCUCACAUGGGCCUUCUCAUGGAUCAUAGGCUUGUCCAAAGAGCCAGUAACCCGCAGCAACACACCAACUCACAAGCUUCUGACUUCUUGACGAGGCUGCUAAGCAUCUCCAACUACCUCAUCAAGAAGUCAACUCCAUCUGAUGGGAAGCCUUUUCUUCCAAAUCUUGAGUGGGAUGCUUAUGAUAUGCUUGACGGAAUGUUGUUCUAUUACGUUGUUGGCAAGACCGAAGGCAUCUCUCUGGAUCAGAGCACAUCAACAACUGUCACGGGGCUCUCCGAAAAGAUCAACAUGCUUUCAGGCUUGAAUUGCUUGCCAGCACUGGAUUACCUGCUUUCUCCAGCACAAAACCUUCCAACUUCGUCCAUAUUGGGCGAGGAGAAAAGUUCCGUGGAGACUCUCGGUAUGCGACCAGUGCUGAAAUUUGCACAUCCGGCCUUCGACAAAUACUUCGAGGACGUCAAGGUUGACGUGAACUUGACUACUGAGCGACCUAUUGCAUCCAAAAUCUUCCAAGAGGCGACGCACUGGCACAAUUCCAAAAAGACGCUCUCUAUCAAGCAGAAGCCCAAGCCCCUGGACAAUGGGGCAUUGAAGCGUAGCCAGCGCUUCACGGCGGCUACGAAGAAGUAUGCUGACAGCCUCACUGCCGGUACGCCGGAGAACAUACUCCUGAUAGACAAGUCCGCCUGCUCUACUCCUGGGCCAGCUGGGAAAGACCAGCGAAGGCAAAAGUCGAGUGAUAAGACCAGAAAAACAGAAAAGAAAAAGGACAUCAGGGGCAAAUCUGCUCAAGGAGGCAGUUUAACUGCAGCUGCUGGCCCAACAUCAAAGCUAGGCGCAACGGGAGCCGCGGAAAAGCUAUGGGCAACCAAGAAGAAAGAGCUACAAAAAAUGACUAGUCUCAGAGCUCAACUGGAUGCAGUCAGGGUCUACGAAUCGGGAAUCACGUUUGGAAAAGACCUUGUCGGUGCCGAAAUCUCGCUGUAUAUCUGCAAGCUACUUGUAACUAUCUUCGAGAAAGAGGUGAAGAUAGGUAUAGGCAAGAGUUUGGCUGCUAUUGUGGAAGCGUUCUGGACAAGAGUGGUCGAGCUGAAGACCAAAUGCCUGGAUGAUGAGUAUACUAGUCAGCUCAAUGAGCUGGCGGCUGCACUCCAAGGCUCGACAGAACGAGCUCGAUCUCAAGGCGUAUAUCAUGGGGCCACUUCUAUUGAGCACCAGCUUGAACGUUACGGGCCCGAUAUGGAGCGCGGCUUUGAUCCCGACGAUGACCAUCGUGUUUCUUUCAGGCCAGAUGCUUGGCAGCGCGAGGUUCUUGAUGCCAUCGACGACGAAAAGAGUCUAUGUGUCAUUGCUCCAACCUCUGCCGGUAAAACCUUCAUCUCAUUUUACGCCAUGAAGAAGGUGAUGCAGUCCAGCGAUGACGACGUUUUAGUGUAUGUUGCACCCACAAAAGCUCUGGUCAACCAAAUUGCUGCCGAAGUACAAGGCCGCUUCAAGAAAAACUUCAAGCAUCCAGGGAGCCGAAGCGUUUGGGCUAUUCACACACGAGAUUACCGUGUCAACAACCCAACAGGAUGCCAGAUUCUUGUGACGGUGCCGCACAUUUUGCAAAUAAUGCUGCUCUCACCUCCCAAUGCAGAGAAGGCAAACUCAUGGGCCCAUAGAAUUAAACGCAUCAUUUUCGACGAGGUCCACUGCAUAGGAAAUGCACAAGAAGGUGUUGUUUGGGAGCAACUGCUUUUGUUGGCGCCCUGUCCUAUCAUUGCCCUCUCAGCCACAGUUGGAAACCCCCAGGAGUUUGUUGGAUGGCUGAGCGAGUCCCAAAAGACCAAAGGGCACGAUCUGAAGUUGAUAGUGCACACUGCACGCUACUCCGACCUGCGCAAGUAUAUCUACAGGCCAUCAGGCAAGCCUCUAGAAAGAUUUGACGGUUUCCAACCCCGCGAUCAAGCGAAAGGUGUAGCCCAUGGAUUAGACGAGCAAGGAGAAAGUCCGUUCUCUUUCGUGCACCCAAUCGGGAGCAUUGUUGAUCGAAACAGAGGGACGCUGGAAGAUAUCAGUUUGGAGGCCCGGGAUUGUCUGAAGCUCUGGAUCAGCAUGAAAAAGUACCAGAACGCAGCUUUUCCAGUUCCAGAUAAGCUAGACCCCUCUCAAGCGCUGCCAGCAAUCGUCAAAAAGGCCGAGAUUCUUGCCUGGGAAGCAGACCUCAAAGCAUGUCUAUUACCUUGGAUGAUGGACCCAGAAUCUCCUUUUGAGGCAGUUCGGGAUGAUCUUCGAUUUUGUGACAACGGAAACACGGAGACCCGUGCCAAACGCAAAGCACAGAAAGUGUCUCCAGAGCACUUUCAACUGCUUCUAGAUCUUCACCAGCGCCAAGGAUUACCGGCUAUAAUCUUCAACUACGAUCGCAUGAAGUGCGAGAGCCUCAUGAAGUCUGUUAUUGCAGAGCUAAAACACCAUGAAUCAGAGUGGAAGAAGACAAGUCAGGAGUGGCAAAAGAAAAUGAUCGACUACGAGAAAUGGAGCAAGACACAGGAAAAGACCAAGGAGACCAAACAGACACGAAAACAUGAUAAGAUUGACCUGGCAGAGGGCAUGUCUAAACUGGAUCUCGCGCGUGAGGAGGGUCAAAAGGAUGUGAGCAAGUGGAAGUACUUUGAUCCAGACGCGCCCCAUGCCAGAUUCUCCUUUGCCAACUCGAGGGCAUGUCAACUUGACGAGCUUGAAGAGCUCAUCCACUCGCUCAAAUGGGCCGACUUGGACCAAAUAUUCAUUGAAGCGUUGCGACGGGGUGUCGGCGUACACCACGCCGGUUUGAAUAGAAAGUAUCGUCAAGUUGUUGAAAUGCUGUGCCGCCGUGGUUUCUUGACCGUGGUCAUUGCCACUGGCACGCUUGCUUUGGGAAUCAACGUUCCCUGCAAGACUGUGGUAUUCUCAGAGGACUCUGUGUUUCUUUCUGCUUUGAACUACCGCCAGGCAUCUGGUCGAGCAGGCCGCCGGGGUUUUGAUCUACUUGGAAAUGUGGUCUUUAAUAUCCCUACCCAUAGGUCAUUCGAGAUUAUGUCUUCACGGCUCCCGGACCUUCGAGGACAGUUUCCGGUAUCAACUACAAUCAUUUUGAGGACUUUAUCACUUUGCAGCCAUACUCAGAACAAUAAGUUUUCAAUCCAAGCGGCACAGUCUCUUCUUUCCCAGAACUUGCUGUACCUUGGCGGACCAUCUGGAGAGCUUGCAGUAAAGCAUCAUCUUCGCUUCUCCAUCGAAUAUCUCCGACAGCAACACCUUCUUUCAGAUUCUGGUGCACCCCUCAACUUUGCAGGUCUCAUCAGUCAUCUGUAUUUCACCGAGAAUUCGGCUUUUGCCUUUCAUUCACUACUAAAGGGCGGAUAUUUCCACAACCUUUGCGCGCAAGUAGACAGGAACCCCAGUGCAGUGGUACUUGAGCUACUGCUUGUACUGUCUCAUUUGUUCUGUCGCCAGCCUGUCACCCGAAUCAGUGAUAAGAAGUGGCUAGAGGAUGUCAAGAAAUCUUCUUCUAUCGGCAUUCUCCCUGACCUCCCGCCCAUGGCCUUGAGUCUGUUGCGCGAGCACAACUGGGAAACACUGGCUAUCUUCAAAAACUAUGUGCAGACAUAUAUUUGUCAGAAUCUGGCUGAUAGCCCCGACGAUAAGCUACCAUUCUCCAAGUAUUCCGUUGGAGCGCAAGGAAGUGGUCGUCAUGUGUGUCAAACAAGAAAGGCUCCGGAGAUCCGAUCCCCAUUUGCAGCAUUAUCUGGCUUUACCGAUUCGUUUCGUUCCAUCCAGGAACUUUGUCGGACUGUACGCGAUGGGGUUUUUCUCGAGGAGUCAGCUGUACCCUAUAUCAGGAUCUAUCCUGACGACACAGAUGGUGUGCCUUGGAAUGCUUAUCUGUACGACUUUUUUAAGCAUGGCGAUUUGAAUGCACUAGUCACGGGUAACGGCAUCAAAGCAGGUGAUGUUUGGUUUCGCCUGAAGGAUUUCUCUCUGAUUUUGGCUACGAUUGUUACAAGUCUAGACAACUUUCUCGACCCCAAAGCGGGAUAUCCCGACAUGACGAACGUACAGGACGUAUUUGACAGGGUGACCGAGGACCAGGAGGUUGGCAAGGAUGACAUUAUUCCAGAAGCCCAGAUGUCGACACCGUUGGAUGAGAUCACGAACAAGAAGAAAACCAAGGGGAAGAAGGUCCUUGAAUCUUGGGACGAUGAUGAGGAUGAGGAGGAGGACGAGCUUACUGGUGGCUUUGCUAGGGUAAACGGCCGCGACCGAACCAGCGCUCACAACUCGGAUGGCGAGGCCGGAGCGGAAUGGGACGAUGUGCCUGCCUGGCAAAGGCAGAACGAGGCCAACUUGAGAAGUGUCCUCAAGGCUUUUAGGCUCCUGCAAUCAGAGUUUGAUGAGAAAUUCAGGAAAGUCUGGGCUUGAUUACAUUGUCCGAAGGGACAUGAAAAUUUUGUUUCGACCUUGUUUGCGGCAAACCAAAGCCGUGUUUGUUUGUUUUACUCAACGAAGCCAUUUUGAGCAUCGUCAUGUAUAAUGUAUGUACACUACAUACUUCUCUCUCUUUCUCUCUGAGAGAAUCAAUGACUGAGUUAUGCGGUC